AGCGAAACCGACACAUACGGCAGCCCCCUCCACUCCGGUCCAUCGUCCCAAACGCGAACUGAGAAGUUACCAGAGCUUACCGGCAUGUUCUCUGCAUUCCUCCUUAUAUAAAACCCUCGCAGGGCAGAGGAUAGCCGCGUGUCUCUUAACCACCAGAACAACACCUGUGCUGGGAGGAAUGCUAGUAUUAACUGCGGUUACAGGUACGGACAGUUGCAGGUGUUGGUAGUCGCGCAGACGUUUCGACUGACUGUGUUGUGAAGAGGAGGACUUCCCCGUUGAGUUACCAUCCGACCAAAACAGCCGUUGAAGAAGAAGUCAUGCCUCAGAAACAGAAAGCCAAGUCCUGGACGGAGCUGAAACAAGCCGGUAAUGAAAGUUUCAAGGCUGGCCAGUACGGAGAGGCCACUCGUCUGUACAGCCAGGCUAUCAAGGAGCUGGACAAGCUCAGUAAAAAGAACCCCGAGGAUUUGGGCAUUUUGUACUCAAACCGGGCUGCCAGCUACCUGAAAGAUGGCAACUGUGCUGACUGUGUGAAGGACUGUGAUAUGUCUCUGGAGCUGUUCCCAUUCAAUGUGAAGUCUCUGCUUCGUCGCGCUGCAGCUUUGGAAGCUCUUGAGCGUUACAGGCAGGCUUACGUGGACUACAAAACCGCUCUGCAGAUUGACUGCAACAUAGCAGCUGCUCACGACGGGACCAACAGGAUGACGAAGGCUCUCACAGAAGCAGACGGCCCGACAUGGAGGGAAAAACUUCCUCCCAUCCCCACUGUCCCGCUGUCUGUGAGGGAGAAAUUUGCCCAACAAGCUGCAGGCAACGCUACACCACCAAAGCCUGCAGCCCAACAGAACGGCAUCAAGCAAACAAAGAAAGCUGCUCCAAGUGAUAAAGACAUAAAGAAAGCUCAACUUCUUAAAGAAGAGGGCAACUCUCUUGUUAAGAAAGGAGAGCAUAAGAAGGCCAUAGAGAAGUACAGCCAGAGCCUCAAACACAACCCCACGGAGGUGACAACAUACACCAACCGGGCGCUGUGCUACCUGUCAGUGAAGCAGUACAGAGAUGCUGUCAGAGAUUGUGACGAGGCUCUGAUGAUUGACAGCAGCAACAUCAAGGCUCUCUACAGGAGGGCCCAGGCUCACAAGGAGCUCAAGGACGUCAAGGCAUGUGUGGACGAUCUGAACAAUCUACUUAAAGUGGAACCAAAGAACACAGCCGCCUUGAAGCUGCUGCAAGAAGUGAAGAAGAAGUGAAAGCAGCGUAGAGACUCUGGAGGCAGCGGUAGGAAUCUGUCACUGCAGCCGUGUUCAGAGAGGCUCCAGACAAAUAUCUGUAAUGUUAAGUCAAAAUCAGGCGAUGCAAAGAAGCCGAGCAGCGAUACAAUUCAGCCUGCUUUGAGGAAAAAAAACCCAAAAAGACUGUGUUUCCCAUAAGCUGCUCGCACUGCUUCUGGAAAAUGCAGCUCCAGCUGGUUUGGCAGUAACUGCAGGGUGUGUCAGGAAUGCAGAGGUGUUGCCAUUGUCAGCCUUGGAAAUGUUUGCAUUUUAUCUGUUAGCAGGUUUCAUUCAACAUAUAUGGUUGUUUAUGUUAAUUAAAAUUAUGGAUGUCAUGUUCUGGAGAAUAAACCUUCAUUGUCAUCUUUUAGAAAAGUAAGUUAAUUCAUCCCAUGGAGUGUCUGCCUACAGGGGUUAGUUUUAGUUUGGGUAAAAACUGUGGCCAAGACAGUCAGAUUUAAUGGAGGGAUGAAAGGAGAAGGGAAAGAGAUUCAGUGGAAGCACUGACAUCCGCUUUAAAUUAAGUGUAACAGUACUGACAAAGAGCUUUUUCAAUCAAACCGGUUCAAGUGCUACUUCAGAGCCAGACCAGUGAAGACCAUUAGACCAGCUGCAGCUCUCCUCAUCAUUACCACAAGACUAAAUUACCUCUAGAAACACAAGCAUUUUUAUUUACCUGCAGUCUCCAUCAGAAAAGUCACACCAACAUUUAUUGGUUUCUGCUUUUGCCUCACUUGGUGUUUUCAUGAUCGAUGAGGGCGAGUCACACACUGUUUCUGCUCUUGCAUUAUGUAAUAAGUACAAUCCUCCAUUUCUCAAAAAUCUCUGAAGUGCACCCCUCCACCUUCACCUCCAUUGACCUUUUCUUCUACUUGUCUGUUAUUGUUGCACAUUGCAGCUUUAAAAAUGAAGAAAGCCAAGCAGCUCAUGAACAACUUUUACAGUGACAUAAUCAGCUAAAUAACCAGCUGGUGUUGUAUUGAAAACUGAACCCCUGCAGAAUCCAUCUCAUUUUACUGGCUGAAACAUUCAUUUUAACAUAAAAUGUUCAGACAUGUUUAGCUGUGCGCUCGUUUUAUUGAGUCAUAAAGGGUGGAUUUUUAGAGUUACACUAUUGAUGAUGGAAAUUUGUACACAAACAGUAUCAGCCACAAGAUUAAAAGCACUGACAGAGUAACACUGCUCAUUCGUGUUUAAAUAUUCUGCUAAAACCUGCUUUGUUGUUGUUGACAUGGACAUUAAUUUUAGCUUUCAGCGUCAUCUCUUGAUUGGCAUCCUGAGAAGACACUGAAUGCUCCCUAAAGAUUGUGGAAAAGUUUUAUUAUUUUUUUUUUUUUAUGUCCACAUGGAAGGUCUACCUGAUAUUUGAAUGAUGACCAUGAAGGUUUAUUCAGUAUGUUUUUUUUUUUCAUUUUCUCACAUUCUGCACUGUUUACUUAUCUUUUGUCUUUGAGAUUAUAAUUGUGAAUAUUUUUUGACUCCAGAUCAGCAUGCUACUUUAGUCGUUUAAACACAGCAUCUCAGCCAUCUUUAGAUCAUUAGCAGGAAGUGGAGCUUACCUUCUGUCUUGCCUCCAGACAGUGAGAAUUUGUCUCUCUGGGAUCAGUCUGUUCCUUCUUUGUUGGAAAUAUAAAUAUAAAUAAAAGUAGUACCGUCCUCAAAGCGGGUCCUUGUAUAUAAAAAGUACUUUUAUUUGUGAGCUCCUCUUUUUGCCUCGCCCUGUUUCUUAAUUGUAAAACGGGUGAAAUCUGUCACUACUGAACCUGCUGUAGCUUCUCCAUCUUGCCUGAAGUGCCUGCCUUCAUCUUUUUAUGUGCUGCUCUGGAUUUGUGUCUGCAAAAUAAUGCACCCCCAGAUGUGUUUUUUUUUUUUAUUCAGGGAAGGUUUGUGAAAUGCAUCUAAGCUCUUUGGACUUUAUGAAAAGUGGAUGUAGCCACCAUUACCCACUAAGUUUAACAUUCAGCUGGCUCCAUCUUUUGCUACCUUCUCCCUGAUCCAAGCAGUGAAUGUAGUUAUAAUGACACCACACUUCCACUGUUUUUGUUCUGGUUUGUUUGGAUUACAAAUAAGCUUUGAUGUAUGAUUUGAUUAGGGUGUUUUUUCCCCCCCAAAGCAUUUAUAAUUUAAAGAGCCUAAAUAAGUAAAAUACAAAAUCAGAGGGGAGGGACACAAUUGAUCAGGUUCACUUUUCACCUAAAAUUGUUAAACCGUUUAUCCAAAAUGUUGCAGUGAUGGGCAGUUUUAAAGAAUUUCAACCCUUUUAUAGUCUCACCCAAAAAAAUGUAAUCUAUUGAACCACAAGUCUUUAUAAGGCCUUUUAAAAAAAUGAAAGAAAGAAAGAAAAAAUAAAUAAAUAAAAAUUAUUGCAGGGUGAAAGGUUGCCACCGUGGGGCAGAAGACAUGUAUCUGAUUAUAUGCAGCUGGGUUUUGAGCAACGGUUUUUACUAUAAAGUGAUGCAAUAGGUCUCAAACUGCAUCAGAUAUGACAAACAUGGUGUGAGAGAGUUAAGAAAAGACAGAAAUAAAUAUACAAAAAUUAGAAAAGUACAUUUCAGUUCAUGUUUUUAAAUGUUCCUAUCGGUCUUGGGAAUUCUUAUCAGAAGUUAUUAGUCCUUGAAAAAUCAUGGGUAAGUACGAAAAAUAAAUAAUAAAAACACGAAGGGAAACUUUUUGUCUUUGUCAUUUUAUACAGUAUUAGAGCCAUCAGCGAUAUUUCACUCAGAGCUAUAAACAUCUUUAGUAUGCCGACUUUGAUGCUUAUCUGUGUUUGCACAGGUAAACUUGUGACUGCAGCCUAAUGAUGUUAAAAAGUAAGAAGCUUUUUUUUCCUGUUGAUUUUGAAAUAUGUUGCUUUUGUCACCUGCUUGUGUUUUAACUGCAAAUAAAACUAAGACGAAAACA